AUGGCGAAUUUAAAGACCCCUUCCCUCUUGUGGGGCUUGGAUCCAGUGUUUGUAGCCUUUGCAAAACUCUACAUCGGGGAUAUCCUGGACUUAAAGGAGUCCCGCCAGGUACCAGUGGACGACAGCACUGGAGUUAUCAAUUGUAUCUGCUGGAAAAAGUCGAACAAUAACGAGGCUUCAUCAGCAACUACAGCUACCGCAACGCUAGGGGCGCUGAACUUAACCUCACAGCUUAAGAAGCUGCAAAAAACCAUUGAGCAGAAGACAAAGAUCGAAAUUGGGGACAUUGUCCAGAUCAGAGGUUAUGUCCACACAUACAGAGAAGAACGAGAGAUUCGUGUCACUACUUACUAUAAAGUGGAUGAUCCCGUGUGCAACAUUCAAAUCUCGAGAAUGCUGGAGCUGCCCCGUAUUUACAGGAAGGUUUACGACCAGCCUUUCCGCAGCCCAGCCCUAGAGCAAGAAAGUGAUCCAGGUGCCUUGGACCUUGCCAAUCUCACGUGUUUGCUGAGUGAAAGAGCCAAAGAAUUCCUUGUGGAGAACAAAGUGCAAACCUUUUAUCAGCAGGAAUUGGAAAUUGUGGAGUCUCUGAUGUCCCUUGCCAAUCAGCCUGUGAUUCACAGUGCCGGCCCUGAGCAGGGGGAUGCUAAGGAUGACAGCAUGUCCAAGGCAAUUCAUAGCAUAUUUAAGAAUGCAAUACAGCUGCUGCAGGAAAAAAGAUUUGUUUUCCAGAAAGAUGAUGGUUUUGAUAAGCUAUACUAUGUAACCAGAGAAGACAAAGAACUGCACAGAAAGAUCCACCAUAUCAUUCAAGAACACUGCCAGAAACCAAAUCCAGACUCAGAGAAGGGCUGCCACUUUCAGCACAUCUUGGCCUGUGCCCGCCUGAGUGUCAGCCCGGACCUGAGCGAAGGCGUGCUGCAGCAGGUGCUGGAGCUCCUGGAGGACCAGAGCAACAUCAUCAGCACCACAGAGCACUACUACACGGCGUUCUGAGGGGAGGCCGGCCCAUGGGCUGGGCGGGGCCGGGCCAAGGAAGAAGAGGAGCGGGUGGUGGUCACUCCUGGGCUUGGACUGUAAAGGUCACACAGAGGCUUAUAGGUCUGGUGGCGGGGAUCUCUUAAUAAACUGUGAAAUAUGGUCACU